AGCUUGCGCUGAUGUCGAGAAAAUGUUCCGACAAAUAUUUAUACAGACUGAUCAAAGAAAUCUACAGCUUAUUGUUUGGAGAGAGAAACCAUCGGAUCCACUCUGUGUUUAUCGGCUGAAUACGGUUACAUAUGGAACGGCGUCAGCACCAUACUUAAGCAUGCGUUGUCUAAGGCAAUUAGCAAAGGAUUGUAGUGAUGAUAACAUUGCUAAAAUCAUAAAUGAGGAUUUCUAUGUUGAUGAUCUCAUUACAGGUCAUGACGAUAAACAAAUUUUGUUGGAGGUGUGCAGUAAAAUAUCACAAGUACUGUUAUCGGGAUGUUUUCCAUUGCGUAAAUGGACAUUUAAUCACGAUCUAGAGAUUGUUACUUCUAAAGAAUUGGGUAUUGGAGAUCAUCAACAAACAAAAACUCUCGGUAUAGGUUGGUACAACACUAGCGACGAACUACAUUUCACCACCGCGGUGACCAAUGUACACACAAUAACGAAACGAACUAUUUUAUCUGUUUUAUCGCAAAUUUACGAUCCACUCGGUCUUGUGACACCUGUCACGAUAAUUGCAAAAAUUUUGAUGCAAAAAUUAUGGUUAUGUAAAAUUAACUGGGAUGAUGCUGUUCCAGAACCCAUUAAAUUAAAUUGGUUACAUUUCCUUAAUACAUUAAAAAAAUUACAUGAUUUACGAAUUCCGCGUUAUGUGCUGAAUGAAAACAGCGACGUAAAGGAAUUACAUAUUUUCACCGACGCAUCUCAGAGUGCAUACGGCGCUUGCGCCUAUAUUCGUAGUUACAAUAAUGAUUACAAUUCGUCAGUAACAGUUAAACUACUGUGUGCUAAAAGUAAGGUAUCGCCGAUUAAGCCUGUCACAAUUCCGAGAUUGGAAUUAUGCGGCGCCUUGUUAGGAGCCAGAUUAUAUACGAAAAUUACAUCUUCAAUGAGGUUUCAAUUCAAUAAAGUGUAUUUUUGGACGGACUCGACUAUAGUUAUGGGGUGGAUCCGUAUGUCACCUCAUUUAUUAAAAACAUUUGUGCAACACCGCGUGACCGAAAUAAAUGAGUUAACUGGUGAUUCAAUUUGGUUACAUGUUAAUAGUAAGGACAACCCGGCCGAUCUUGUGUCUAGGGGUGUUUACCUCGAUAUGCUUAUCGACUGUACGCUAUGGUGGAGGGGUCCUUUGUUUUUACAAGACCGGCAGUUUGACUUUAAAAUCGAUCAUAGUACGUAUGAUUCAGUUUUGUUGCCGGAAGUAAAAAAUCAAAUCAUAUGUGCUUCUUCCAGCAUAUCCAAUAGUUUAAUCGACUUCUUGCGAUUCUCCUCACUUAAACGAUUAAAACGAAGUAGUGCCUACGUAAUACGUUUCAUAACCAACGCCCGCUCGUCUAAGUCCCUACGUAAAACAGGCUCAUUAUCCGUUAACGAGUUGGACGCAGCGACAAAUAUGUUAGUUCGGUUUGCACAAUCGGAAUCGUUUGCAAAUGAAUAUGAUAAUCUAUUGAAACAAUUACCGAUCAAGGGGAAAGGUGUUUCAAAUAAAGUUUCCGGUCUUAAUAUAUUUUUAGAUAAAAAUGACAUAAUCAGAAUUGGUGGUAGAUUGACCAACUCACACUAUUUCGAUUAUAAUAAAAAACAUCCAAUAUUACUAUCUAGUAAACAUUACUUUAGCACGCUUUUAUUUAGAGAUGAACAUAAACGGUUGUUCCAUGCAGGACCCCAAUUACUUUUAUCUACAAUCCGUGAAAAUUGGUGGCCUCUCGCUGGUAGAAACUUAGCUAGAAAGAUAGUUCGGCAAUGUGUUACAUGUACGCGCAUGAAGGGGAAAACAAUCACACCGAUAAUGGGUAACUUACCCGCCGAGCGUUUAGAACCAGGGUACCCUUUUAUACGUUGCGGUGUGGAUUAUGCCGGACCGGUGAUGAUACUGAGCCGUAAGGGUAGGGGUGCUUCUCUGGUGAAGGGUUAUAUCUGCGUUUUCGUAUGUUUUACUACUCGAGCUCUGCAUUUGGAAUUAGUAUCUAGUCUUUCUACAAACGAUUAUUUACUGGCUUUAAAACGUUUCAUCUCUCGCCGCGGCAAGCCCGUAGAGAUAUUUAGUGACAAUGGUGGGGCCUUUGUAGGUUCUCAAAAGGACUUAUCAUUGUUUUUAAAUGAAAAUGUUAAAGAAAUCGAAGAUUUUGCCACCAAUAAUGGCAUUAAAUUACGUUUUAUUCCACCGUACGCUCCUCAUUUCGGCGGUUUAUGGGAAUCAGGGGUCCGAUCAUGCAAAUAUCAUCUCAGACGAGUUGUAGGGAAUUGUAAUUUGACCUUUGAAGAGUUCACUACUGUCUUAACACAAAUUGAAGCUAUACUCAAUUCUCGUCCUUUAUAUCCAUUAUCCUCCGAUCCAAACGAUUUCCUCCCCUUGACUCCUUCGCAUUUCCUCAUUGGUCGGCUUCUGACCGCGCCUCCAUGCAAGGAUCUGACGUCUACUCCAACACAUCGUUUGAUACGAUAUGAUCGCAUAGAACAAAUGAGGCAACACUUUUGGCAACGCUGGUCUAAGGAGUACGUGGCGGAACUUCAAACAAGAACGAAGUGGAAAUUGCAACAACCAGACAUUCGUCUAAAUACAUUAGUACUUAUUAAAGAAGAGAAUCUACCACCACUAAAAUGGCGACUGGGUAGAAUUACACGUACCUUCCCGGGCAAAGACGGAAUAUGCAGAGUGGCAGAAAUACUCACAGCAACUGGUAUCAUUCAUCGUGCCACUUCUAAGAUAUGUCCGCUUCUACCUCAAGGCACAGAAACGAAUUAAAGGAAGGAAAACCUCAAUUAUAGCAUAUGUUGAAAGUCUAUACAUUCCAUUAGCUUUCAAAGGCGGGGCCAUGUUAACGCCAUCUAUCAGACUCAUAAGGAAUCAAAGGCGUCAUCAAUGUGAAGUGGAACACGGAUUGCCUCCCUCGACAGGACUGGCAACAACUUCACUCGGCGCUUCGAAUUUUGUCUUGUCAUUAUAAACUUUUACGUGUUAUGCUACUAUGUAAAGAUUAAACUAUUAAAACUAAAUACGUAUUACUAUCAAAGGAUUUUAUUCGUAAUAACA